AUGAAUCAUCCACCUGGUCCGCCAAAAGCACACCUCCCUUCCCGUCGCGUGCAUCUGCUGAAGCCUUGCCCGCCCCCGCCCUCCCCUCUUCCCCACCGCCCUCCCCCCCUCUUUCCCCCCCCCCGCCCACCCCCCCCUUCUUCUCCCCACCCCCCCUUCCAUUCGCUCAUCUCCGCGCGCAUCCCUCCCCAGGCGGGCAUGGCCAUGGAGGCGCUGGCGCGCGGGGCGCUGCGGUUCUCGCGGCGCUUCUCCCUGAAGGAGCUGCGCGCGCGGUGGCGCGCGGUGCUGUACCACCCGCUGGAGAGCCCCCUGGCGGCCGCGCGCAUCGCCCAGGCGGAGAUGGCGGACGCCGCCAGGGCCAUGGGGAGGGGCGCGGGAGAGGGCGACGGGGGGGGAGGCGGGGGAAGAGCGGGAGCGGAGGGGGAGAGUGGGGAGGGGGAGGAAAGGGGAGAGGGGAGGUCGAUUGGAGGUGAGGCUGUGUUUCCCGGUGCUACUGCUGGUGCUGGUGGCGCUGCUGGUGCUGGGGGGUUGGAUGAUCGUGCUGGUGGUGGUGCUGGGGGUGGUGCUGGUGGUGCUGGUGCCCCUGCUUCCCGCUCCCUACACUCGCAAGGCGGCAAUGCAGCAGGCUUGAAUGCGCACAGCCGCCAUGUGCCUGCUGCUGGCGGUGGUACUGGUAACAGGGCGGGAGGAGCAGCGCGUGAGAGCAGGGGGACGGGCGAGGGGCGCCGGGGUGUUGUGAGGAGGCCAAGAGUGGUGCGUGCUGCUUAUUACAGACUGAGGAAGAGGCGAGAGGGAGAAGGGGCAAAGGGCGGCUGUGGGGGGAGUGGAGGAGGUGGGUUGAGAGCAGGAGGAGCCGUUGGGGGAGGGGUGGGGGGGAGAGAUGAUAGAAUGGGGAGACAGGAAGGUGGGAAGGGAGAGGGGGGAGGGGGAGGUGGUGUUGGGGAUGGGAGGCAGCAAGUGGGGGGUUGCGAGGAGGAGGCGGGUUGUGUGGGUGAGGAAGGCCGAGGGGAGGAGAAGGGGCGUGGGGUUAGGAAGAGGCAGAGAGAGGAGGGUGGUGCAGGAAAAGGAGCUGAAGCAGCAGCAGCAACAGAUGAUGAUGAGAGGAGAGAGGAAGGGGAUGUGCGGAAUGGGGAGGAGGAGAAGGGGAGGGGUGUGGGUGGAAGUGGAGAGGAGGAGGCGAGUUUCGACCGCAUGCUGUGUGUGCUGGCGAGUGGUGGUGUGAGCGCUCUAGUGGGUGAACUGCAGGGCGGUCAAGAUGGGAUGCCGUUGCAUGGGGCCGAGGAGAGGGACAUGAGACAGGAGGGAGGAGGAGGAGGAGGAGGAGUAGGCGGAGGAGGAGAAGGAGGCGGAGGAGGAGGAGGAGGGAAGGGGGUAAGAGGAGGAGGAGAAGAGGUGCGGAGGGGUGUUGGUUUCACGGAUGAGCAGAGGGGCAGAAGGGUGAGGGAAGAGGGAGGGGCGGGGGAAGUGGAGGAGGAGGAGCCAGAGAGUGACACGGACUCACUUCACUUCUCCGAUGCAGAGGAGAUGGUGUUGGACAUGGACCUAGAUCCCUCUGCUGACGAGGUCAUGCCCGCCCGCACAGCGGCGCGCGUGCUGUACGGGUCGCAGCGCCACGCGGUGCUGCCGCUGGAGCGGUGCAGUGCGGCGGCCAUGCGCAGGCAGCUCACGCGCAGAGGCGCCCUCGCGCUGCUCUAUGGCCGCCGCACCCGCUUCCCCAUGUUCAAGACCGAGGUGUCAAUUGGUCGGCGCACGGAGGACAAUGACGUGGACAUUGAUCUGUCAGAGGAAGGGCGAGCCAACAAGGUCUCACGGCUGCAGGCGGUGAUAGAGCUGAGGGCGGAUGCAUGCUUCUACCUGAGCAACGAGGGGCGCAGGGACAUGACGGUCAACAAGGUGCCUGUGGAGCCGGGCCAGCAGGCCAUCCUCGCUAACAGCUGCCUCAUUGAGAUGGGAGGCGUGCAUCUGGUGUUUGAGAUAAACACACACUACGCAGAGGAGGUAGCAGCAUACAUGCGAGGCGCCCCACAAGGCCCGCUCCUGCCGCCCCACCUGCUGCCUCUCACGCCGAACCAUCUCCCUAGCCACAUCCCCAUGCCGCCUCACUACGCCCACUCGCACCCACACACCCGCCCACACACUCAGAGUUACACGCACAGCCAGGAUGCGUCAGGGUAUACCAGCCAUGUGUAUGGGUAUGGCGGAGGGAGCUACGGCAUGGGAAGGCCUGUGGGAGGGGUGGGAGCAUACAGCAUGUAUGGUGGGCCCAUGCAUGGAAGCAGCAUCCCAGGCAGCAGCAUGCGGCCAUCCACCUCCUCCUCCAUGCCAUCCACUCCAUCCGGCCCAUCCGCCCGGUCUGCUCUCCCAGGCGUGCAUUCACACUCGCCCCACAUGCACGGCUCGGCAUCUCCUGUGCCCUAUGCCUCCUCAGGUUACAUGCAACCGCACGGUUACCACCACUCUGCUCCUUCCUCCCAUGGUCCAUCUCACUUGCUGUCUUCAGCUGGAACCAUUUCCUCCAGGCCCUCUGUGUUUCCUGCCUCUGCUCCUGGCUCUGUUCCUGCCUCGGCUGUUCGUCGCACCCCUUCUCCUGCCUCAAAUCCGGCAACCUCUGCUUCUGCUGCAACUUUAACUACUGCCGAUGCUGCCGCAACUGGUGCCUCUCCAUCCCCUUCCACCGUGCCCCUGUAA